AUGAGGAAGAAAAUAAUGAAAAGGAGCACAAAAAAAUCGUUCAAUUCUUCACUAGGGCAGAACAAUCCUUCACUAGGGCAGAACUAAUCCACGAAUUGCUCGAUUGUUCAAACGAAAUACUUACGGCGGAAUUGUGACAUAUGAGCUUCUCUAGAAUAGGCUGCAAUUCGAGAAGCCCUCGCGCAGCCGAAGUGGACAAGUCACAUCCUCAAAGCUGCAGGCUCUUCAACCUCGCAAACGGGAGCAGGGUGAUGGGGGUGGGGUCGCGUGAGGGCGACGGCAGCAUCGCUACGACUCGCAGGCUCCCCAGAAGCCGCUACACGCGCCUGAGCUUCUCCAGCGAGCGGUGGUCGCCCAAAUCAGCCACGAAGGCGCGCAGGUAAUCAACGGGCGCCUCGCUGCGCAACUGCUCUAGCUCCUGCAGCGCCUCAAGUCGCGUCUGCAUGUAGCAUAAUCCCACGGGGUUGAGCUUGAGCAGAUUCCCAACCUGCUGCUCGAUAAAGCAGAGCCAGCAGCUCCAGAUAACGAUCUCCAGUCACUAUUACCAUUCAUGCUGCCUUCUCUCUGACAAUCCCUCGCUGAAUUCCUCACUGUCAUCCCCUCGCCAUAAUCCUCCUCCCCGCUUCGCCUCUCCCCAAAUUGCUCAGCUUCUGCCUGCGUAGUUUAGCAUCGCCAUAGCUUCCCGCUUCACCCUCUCUGACAGAAUCCUUGCAUCUGGCAUUAGGAUAUGGACCAGUUGCACAUCACAAGCCUAACGGCAGAAUAUCAACGCCAAAUUGUCAAUGACCUGUCGUGGGUUUUGCAUCCGACGCUUCGUCCAUGUCAACUCAUGUGUGGUGUCGGUACACAGAGAUCAGAUAGUGCUUGAGGUUGAUUUUGCGAAAAUCUGUUGUCAACAUUUAAACAAUGUAGAAGAGACGAAUUCGUGUUGAGGAGAAGCAGCAUUUUGUUGUCUACACGCAAUGUUAAAGAUGUGACACUGGAGAGAGUGCUCAAUGACAAUGCAGAUACCAGAUUCCCUGGCAGUAUCUAAUUUUCACUGGCUCUAACGUUUCUUAGUAACCGAUGUAACACUUUACUGAGGUAUUUGUCCAAUACAUUGCUAAUAUUCCAUAUUAAAUUUGUAGUGGAAGAGUGAGAGAGUUGGAGCUGCAGGCUAGGACCCAAGAGUCCAACAACGAUGUUGUCGUUUGAAAGGGAAGGGACGCACCGCUGCAGGGAAGAAACCCAGUUUUGGCGCUUGAGGCCUUCUUCUCCCUCUCUUACUUUCCAUUCAUCUCUACCCCUCAGGCUUGUUUUCCUAGCCCUACCUCAACGCUUGGGGUUCCGGGCUCUUGAGGGUGCUCUGCAGCUGCUGGGUCACACUAAGUAGCCGUCGUCACAGGUAAUUGUCCCAGCUGAUUAUGUCCUUCACUGAUGCUCAAUCUGCCGCAUCGUAGUUGAUGACGCAGUUUUUGCAGUGUGAAAUGGCCCUCUGAGCAACAUCUGUCCCACAUGUUCGCUAUGGCUAUUCGAAUAUUGGGAUUAACAGAAUCCCAAUAUACCGUUAUUCACAUUUCUUCUGUUUUAUUCGAGCAAACCUAAUUGUUUUGAUUACUGCUCACAUUUCUCGUUACUGUAUAUCCUCCUGCGACACCGAUGUAAACUCACUGAAUGUGCUCCUCUGAGGAAGUUGCAACGAAAGUCACCAUUCAACAUCUUCUCGCAAAGAGAUGAACUUCACAUUCAUAGAAUCCUACGAACUUGUAUACGACUCUCCUAUCGUGGCGUUGUGAAGGGCCCAGGCGAAGGUGGACCAAAGGUUCAAAAGCUUGGUCACGCCUUUGACUUAUGCUUUGAGCAGUUUAUUCCCAGAAGUUAGUGGCUGAGGAAUGGUUCGGCUGACUACUUGAGACCACUUCUUUGACCAUUUCUUAUCUCAUGAGACUGAUCUUCACGAAGAGGGGAUGAAGAGAAGAAACGAUAACAAGGAUCAACAACUGGGCAACAUUUGGGACGUUGUAUCGUCGUUGGCACACGCUCUCACUGAUGCACGAAACCAGCUGGUGGGCCUCAUACACUACCAGAGGAAACAAAACUCAAAUGCAUUUAGACAGUCUCGUGGGAGGGAAAGUGGCAUAUCUCGUGGUAGUGAGGUGAGAGAAUGCAUCCCGCGCACCACCAACAAUAUAUCACGCUUUAGGGGUGGCGGUAACUGUGGCCCAUACUACCGAAGUCUCACAUCAAGCAACCGGAAAGCAAUCAAGCAACAUCGCCAGAAUGAACCGAACCAUGUUACAUUCGAGAACCAGUCGAAGUUCCAACCUCUCAUGCCCAGCCAAGGCAAGCCUGGAGACAAAAAAGAAAUCCAAGCCGGGUUAAACGCGAACCCCACCCCCAAUGGCUUGCGAAUCAACAACAGCUGUAACAAAGGUGGCAAUCCUGUGAGCAUUAACUUACACCCGAAGCCAUGUCCAAGCCCACCUCAGAUCAUCUGCUCCAAGGAUGUCAACUGCAGGCCCCCUUCCCCCGAUCGCAAGAGGCACUGCAUAGGCACCCAAUACGCGGCCUUGCUGAGGGAGGAAGCUUUCCGGAUUCGAGAGCGCAGACUCGCGGAGGAGUGUGUAUCAAGUUCCAAACCGAAGUGGACACGCUGCUAACAACAGGAUUAGCAGUGGCAGUUGUAUAACAUGGUUCCUUAGAAAGUACACCACUCGAAUUUCAUAAAGGAUACAACGUGUUCUUGUCGUUAUAGUUUUCAUGAAAGACUGUGAUAGCAUUGUAAUUUACAUGCUUUGGGUUCUAGAGAGUAGUGAUAUAGUAUCCAGAAAUCAACUAUUGAAGAAGCAGCUACAAACUAGCUGCAGCAUGCGAAACAUCAAGUAACAUUGAGUCCCUUAACUUUAUCACAGGAAGUCAGAAUUGUGCAGAGAAUGUGUCAAGUACCAGGGACCUAAAAAUAUGCAAUAUCCACAUCGGGAGAUAUUAGAAUUCAUCCAACACUUCCACUA